UGAAUUCCAAUCUAAAUACAUACAAAUAGUUUAUUUCUCGAGUUCCGUAAUUGCUCUUAAUUUACGUAACGCAACACAAUGACUCUUAUCUAUAAGAACGACUUAGCUGUCAUGAUAAAGAGGUUAAGUCAUUUUUAGUCGUCUUCUAAUUACGAGUGUACACAAUGUUUAGGUGCAGUUACGUCCUGACAGCGGCUGCAAAGAGUCACGGCUGUGCUGUGCAAAAGAAUUGUGAACUACAGUUGGUGAAACGUUUGGCGACUAGCCCCCCUGCGAACCGUCCCCCGUGUGACAAUAGUAAAUCAAAUAUGGGUGACAAAUUCAGACUUCCAGGGAGGUUUGGAACUGGCGAAAAAAGCGUAUGGGUAGAGUACAUCCAGUUAGCAUUAGAGUACAAACCAAAAGUAAACCUUGGUCAGGGCUUCCCUGAUUACCAACCUCCACAUCAUGUCGCCAAGGCACUGACUAACAUAGCUUCAGAUGGUGUUAACUGGAGUGCACAUCAAUAUACAAGAGGCUUUGGUCACCCACGACUAGUUCAGGCGUUAUCGAAAGUGUAUUCACCUCGCAUCGGAAGAGAAAUAGAUCCAAUGAAUGAAAUUUUGGUAACCUCUGGUGCUUAUGAAGCUUUGUACUCAGCCAUUUUAGGUCACACAGAGAUCGGUGAUGAGGUAAUCGUUGUGGAGCCUUUCUUCGAUUGCUACGAUUUCAUGAUAAAAUGUGCCGGCGGCAUACCCAGAUUCAUUGCUUUACAACCUAAAACGGAUGGAGCUACAUCAGAGGACUGGGAUCUCGAUUGGGAUGAACUGGCUUCAAUGUUCAAUAAAAAAACCAAGAUAAUCAUUUUGAACACACCACACAAUCCAAUUGGAAAGGUGUUUAGCAAGGAAGACCUGGAGAAAAUAGCAAAUCUGUGUAAGAAGUUCAACGUACUCUGCCUUUCCGAUGAAGUUUACGAGUGGAUAGUGUAUCCGCCGAAACAGCAUAUUCGGAUAGCGACGUUGCCUGAUAUGUGGCAGCGCACGAUCACAGUGGGGUCUGCAGGCAAGACGUUCUCGGUAACAGGUUGGAAGAUCGGAUGGGCAUACGGGCCGGCUGAACUCAUACGCAAUCUGCAGGUCGUGCACCAAAACUGCGUCUACACCUGCUGCACCCCCAUACAGGAAGCGUUGGCCCAAGCAUUUGAAAUCGAAUUAACGCGUCAAGAUACGCCCGACAGCAUAUUCACCGUUACAUCCCGCGAGCUUCAGCCCAAAAGAGACUUUCUCGUCAAGGCGCUGCGCGAGAACGGUUUCAACCCCACUGUGCCUGAAGGAGGAUACUUCGUGGUCGCAGACUGGACCAAACUUAAAAACAAAAUCGACUUAUCAACAGAGGCAGAUAAAUAUGCAGACUACAAGUUUACAAAGAAGUUUGCCAAAGAGACGGGCGUUUUAACCAUACCGCCGACUGCUUUCUACUCGCAGGAGCACAAGAGUUUGGGAGAAAAUUACGCAAGAUUCUGCUUCAUCAAGAAAGAUGAGAAUCUCGCACUGGCUGCCAAACUUAUAAGUGAGUGGAACUCGAAAAAACAAUAGAAUGAACUGCUCAUAAAUAGAUAUGUAAAAAAGUGAUAUUUGAUAAAGAUAUUUGUUUUUAUUAUUGUUUAAAAAUAACUUAGCCAGAAUGGGUGUAUAUUAAUACAU